AUGGACAGAGAAACAUGGCUGCUAUGGAUGCUGGCUGACUCGCAGCUGCCCACCGGCGGGUUUGUAGCCUCGGCAGGAUUGGAGGCAGCAGUUCAGGGUGGGCUGGUGCGCGAGAGCGCAGCCGAGGACAACAUCGAUUCGUUUGUGGGAUUCAUCAGUGACAGCGCACACAACCAGGCGCGGUUUGCGCUGCCCAUCUGCUCACGGGUCCACGACCUGGCAGCAUUGCACCUGAUGCCGCUGGCAAAAGCAGGCGACGGCAGCAGUGGUAAUGGCAGCGAUGACGAGGUGGUCGCCACCAAGGUUCUGGAGGACAUCGUGCGGAUCGACGGAUACCACCACGCGAUGCUGGCAUCAAACCAGGUGGCAAUGCGUGCAUCGAUUGCGCAGGGCGGAGGGCUGCUGAGCGUGUUCAACCGCGGCUACGCGCUGUCUGCCUUUAUGGGCGCCGGCAUGGCCAGACGUGCGUGGGGAUUGCGCGGCAGCUGCAGCGGCUGGCGCGGCUGGGCGAGGUGCCUGCGCGCACAUGCACAGUUAUUCAUGUUCCAGUUUGUGCGCCAGGUAUUCUCUGCAGCCAUCCGCCUAAACCUGGUGGGGCCGCUGCGCGCGCAGAUGCUGUCCUGCGACAUGCAGCGUCUGGUCAGCUCGCUGUUGGACCACCACGCCCACCGCCGCGUUGAGCUUGACUCAAUCGAGGACCUGUUUGGAGAGUCGGCCGUGUACACUGAGCCCGUACUUGAGCUGUACCAGGGCAUGCACGACCGCCUGUACUCGCGCAUUUUCAACAGCUAGCAAUCGUAUGUGUAUAUUUUUAAACUUGACUAAACUGAAACUAAUGCUUGCCCAAUGGCCUCUAUAUAAACUGCUUCCUGAGCCUAGUACGCUGAGCCUAGUACGGCAGCAGGCGAUCGAGAUGCCGCCUCUGGAACUCGGUGCACACCACCGGCGCGUGCUUGCCGCGCCGCGCAUCUGGGCUGAGCCUGCGGUUCAAGUGCCGCAUGCCAGCUUGGCGCCGCUGGUAGAGGCCCUUUGCGAUCGCCUUCCACCGCUUGGCGUGCCCUUGUGCGUCUUCAGCUUGGCCAUACCGCGCACUGCCUGCGCCUGGGGCCCGCUGAGAAUCGACUGGGAAAAGGCCGCCAUAGUCAGCCGCUGCGAGGCUGUCUGCAGAGUGUUGAAUAUGCCGCCAAACAUUUUAUUGAAAUAUACUGAAUUUGGUCCAAUCAAGCUCAAGAGAUAGAAAUUUAAAAUGCCCAGCUGAGGCAAGAAG